GCGAAAUGGCCGGCUCCGCUUGAAUAUUAUACUUUUCGUGAUAUAUGCGGCUGUGCAGCUACGGGUACAGGUAAAACCGCUGCUUAUAUGUUGCCUACCCUAGAACGUUUACUGUAUCGUCCUAUGAACAAUAGAACGAUAACAAGAGUUCUGGUUUUGGUGCCUACGCGCGAAUUGGGGGCUCAAGUUUAUCAAGUCACCAAGCAAUUAUGUCAAUUCACCAGCAUUGAUGUGGGUCUUGCUAUCGGUGGCUUGGAUGUUAAAGCUCAGGAAUUGGUAUUAAGACAAAAUCCUGACAUUGUGAUUGCCACACCGGGCCGCCUAAUUGACCAUAUUAAAAACACUCCAAGUUUUAGUUUGGAUUCUAUAGAGGUUUUGAUACUUGAUGAAGCUGAUCGUAUGCUGGAUGAAUAUUUCGCUGAGCAAAUGAAGGAAAUUAUUAACUCUUGUGCGAAAACUCGCCAGACUAUGUUGUUCUCAGCUACUAUGAGUGAACAAGUUAAAGAUUUGGCUGCUGUCUCGUUGAACAAACCCGUAAAAGUAUUUGUUAACAAUAACCAGCAAGUGGCUUUUAAUUUGCGUCAAGAAUUUAUACGUAUUCGUGAAGACAAAGAAGGUGACCGCGAACCAAUUUUGGCCAGUUUAAUAUGUCGUACUUUUCAUGACCAUUGCAUGAUUUUUGUGCAAACAAAAAA